GUGUGCGAUAGAUCGGACUAUGAAAGUGUGCAAUCUCCUUACCUUCAUGCAUGAUGUUAAAGCAGCCUUUGCGGAAGACAAGGCAUAUCUCCAGUUAAAGUUCCACUGUUUUCUGCAGCUGUUUGCCCAGAGUGGCACCGGACUCGUAUUCAGUCGGACCGGCAGCUGAACAUCUUUCUGCAGUUGUUAGACGACACUGGGAAUUUUAAGACUUUUAUUUAUAUGGUUGUAUUGUUUUGUGCCGUGCUCACACGAAAACAGACUUUGCUCUGAAUAGAGAGACGGAUCGAACAGCAGACACUUUCCCUAACUUUUUUACGCGCGUGGCCACUGCAUCGCUACUUAGCCUACUGCCUUACUGUGCUCACUUACACUCAGACUGUUGGGACAAGCAGACUGUUAUUACACCACAGAACACUCUAACCGGCUGAGGAUUUUUUUGUCAUUUCAACUCAGUUUGCUGAUAACGCGCAUGUGAACAGAUUGAGCGAUGGUGGAGCAGACGAGCACCACGGACAACACUGACGUGCUUCCCGGUGAAUCUGGGGAAAUGGACUUAGACAUGGACGCAUCCCCGACUCCCGGGUCCCCAAGCUCGACCGGGGAUAAGAUGGACGUCGCAUGGUGCAAGACCCCGAGUGGGCACAUCAAAAGACCGAUGAAUGCCUUCAUGGUAUGGUCGCAGAUCGAGAGGCGCAAGAUCAUGGAACAGUCUCCAGACAUGCACAAUGCUGAGAUUUCCAAGCGGCUUGGCAAGCGCUGGAAACUGCUUAAAGACUGCGACAAGAUCCCCUUCAUCCGGGAGGCCGAGCGUCUGAGACUGAAGCACAUGGCUGAUUAUCCGGACUACAAGUACCGGCCACGGAAGAAAGUCAAGUCGUCCAGCGGCAAGGCGGGAGACAAGGGGGACAGGAGCAGCAGCAAGUGUUCAUCUAAGAAGUCCAGUGGGUCAAAAUCCCUCAGCCGGACGCACAAGUCAGGGCUGGGGAGCGCCAAAUCGACUUCACCUGAACAAGUUUCACACUCCGUCCCCACAGACCACUACUCCUUGUACAAGACCAAGUCAGCCUCAGCAGCGAAGCAGAUACCAGACAAGCCAGCCAAGCGUGCUCACAGCAUUGGAGGGAGAAGCCAUGACAGCAGCCCGCCUUCCGUGGCUGUGCCAGCGAGUCCCACCCUCAGCAGUUCGGCUGAGUCUGACCCCCUCAGCCUGUACGAGGACGGAGUGACCGGGAAAGAUGGGGACGACUCCCCAAGCACACUGUCGGCCGGGCGCCUGAACUACACGCGGGUGUCAUCCCCGACACCGUCCGCCUCCCACUCUUCCUCAUCACAGUCCUCCUCAGAUGAGGAAUUCGAAGAUGACUUGCUGGACCUUAACCCCAGCCCCGGCUUCGACAGCAUGUCUCUCGGCAGCAUAGGUUCGGCGGCUUUGGACAGAGAUCUGGAUUUUAAUUUUGAGUCGGGUUCUGGCUCCCACUUUGAGUUCCCCGACUACUGCACUCCUGAGGUGAGCGAAAUGAUAUCUGGGGACUGGCUUGAGUCGACCAUUUCUAACUUAGUAUUCACUUAUUGAACGCUUAAAGAGUCCAGAAUUGCCAUUAGAAAACACAGCCAGUGCUUGUGAUGACAUCUUUAUGACUUUCGUAAAGAUAAGCAGGAUUGCGAAGUCCCGUUGAAACAAGCCAGAAAACGCCCCGUUAACCACACGAUCCAUGUGUGUCUGAAAUUACAGAACUAGGACUCCGGGUGCCCUCUCCCCUGACAAGAGCGCAAAUGAAAAUGCUUAGCUUGCUCAAUUGGUAGCUGGGAGGGAUGAUGAUGCCAGCCAGUGUGUGCUCCAGACGCAGUGACUUACUGAAGCAGGCGGUGAGCCUGAGACGUUUGCACCGGGGCGAGUUGAGGUUGUCUCCCCGAAUGAACUGUUUCGAUGAAAAGGGACUCUGAGAGAAGUCUGACCAGGGUAUGCCGAAGAAAUGGAAGUGGAACAUGAGUGAAACAGUGGAGAGUCCUCACCCCCCAUCAUCUACAUGGUUUAUGUACCAUAAAGUGGUGGCUUAAAAAACACUUACGAACCGAAAAGCAUGCUCUCGUUUUGAGAUUUAUGUAAGAACUGUCUAACAGUUUAACUAGUGUUAAUUUAAAUGUAAUGACGGCGCAAUGUUUGAUGACGCAAAAAGGAACACAAUCACCAGCUUCUGUAACUUUCAGGACUGAAAUGCAUCGCAGAUGCGUUUCACUUUUCAACACUACAAUUCAGGACCAAAUUUUUUCCAGAGGCGUGUACUUUUCCCUCUGCCUUUUCCUCUUUUUCCAUCCUCGUGUUUUCUCCUUUUUAUCUUUCUGUGCUCAGAUGGCAUUUUAUAUUGACGUGUUUAAAUACAGGCCAAACAUUUUUGAGUUAUUGUUCUCGUAGGUCUCGUGUACACAUGCACAUGUCCGUCUCCUUCGCGGAAGGGCUAGAAUUGUAUCAUUUUUUAUUUAAAUGUUGACUUCUCACACGUAAAGGAGAUUAAAUGUUUCAUUAUUUUCUAAGUGUAUUUUUGUAUAAAAUCUAUCGAGGGGGUGUCAAUCGGUGAAUAUCGCUGUUUGGAUUUCCGAUUUUUAUGUCCAGGGGGUUGGGUUGUCUUAAAAUCUGCCCCCUAACCAUGUUUACAGUGUCACUCUACAGGCUUCUUAAAGACACAGUAUCUCAAUUCCAGCAACCAGACAAAACAAUCGAGCAUGCAGGAAGGUGUAGCGGCAGCGAUGUCUGCAUAUUUUGCGUCCUAAUGGGAGAUACUGUACAUUUAAUAAGAAUUUUAAACUAAACAACAUCUUUGUGAUUUUAUAGUGAAAAAAAGUUCGGUUUUAACCACUGGAUGGAAUUACAAACACAUUCUAAAUGCCUAUUGAGUUUGCGAACAAUGAAGUACAGCUUCACUCAAUUGUAUUAGGAUAUUUAAUCUUUUUCUACUUGUUGGCUAAAUGUAGCUAAUUGUUUUAGUAUACUAUGGCAUGGCGAAUAGCAUUUGUACUUCUUAUUCAGGUUUAUGUAGAGCUGUUGUGUUUUAAACAAAAAAUGAUCAACGUGAAAAUAUCUAUGUACAUUGACUGUAUAUUAAGCAAAGACUGCGUGUUUAUGUCUGACAAUACCAUGGCAGGCACUAGAACUUUUAUCUUUAUACGUCCCUAUGUUUAAGGUUGUUGUUCAUGAUUUUGAAAAAAAAAUAUAUAUUAUAUGCAUUUUUAUCGUUUUCAUUUUGUGCAAUAUGAUGUGUACAAUAUUGUUUUUGUCUAAUCAUGCCAUAUCUCAACAAUUGAGUAGAGUACUCAAUGCCAGCCAAUUGUGUCAUGUCACUGCCUGUCAGACCUCUGUACAGAACUUUGUUGUUUUUUCAUGAAGAAGGAAAUAAAAUCAGCUGGAACUGAA